AUGUCUCAAUUAUUCACUCUCCCAUUGACUUCCAAGCCCGGUUCAGUUGCAACCCCGGGCGCAGUGGUCGUGACCACACCUUCUCCGAGUGUCUACCUUGUCACCUUCCAGUCUGAACCAGAUAACCGGCUGACUCCGGCUCUCAACAGCACUCUUCGCCUGUCUCUUCUGAUAAUCCGCCAGAGGUACCCAAAGGGCGUGGUGAUCAUCACGUCAGCAAUCGCCAAGUUCUUCUCCAAUGGCCUGGACUAUGAGUCUGCCAUGGCCGAUCCCACCUUCUUCCAGUCGAGUCUGUACCCUCUCUGGCACACAAUCCUCACGUACCCAAUGCCGGUCGUUGCUUUGAUGAAUGGGCAUGCCUUCGCAGGCGGUCUCCUCCUGGCUCUCUCUUGCGACUAUCGGAUCAUGAACCCACAUAGAGGGUUGACAUGCUUGAACGAACUGGAUCUAGGGGCCGAGCUCCGGCCGGGAAUUUCUGUCCUCCUACAACAAAAAUUGACAAGUAACAAACUGCUCCGAGAGGUUGUGCUGGAAUCAAAGCGUUACACUGGUGCCCAAGCCCUUGAAGCGGGGCUCGUUGAUGGCCUUGGAGGCCUGGACGAGGUUCUGGCCUUCAUCGAGAAGAAACAGCUCCUGAAAAAGGCGGCGAGUCCGGUGUACGGGUCAAUCAAGGAGGCUACCUUUUAUAGGGAAACAGUCUUGACCUUGGAACGUGAGGAUGCAGACAUGGUGGCACACAAUGCACGUAAAGAGUAUCUGAAGAAACAGUCAGAGGCUGAGGAGCAGGAGGUAAAUCAGCUUCAUAUUUCUCAGAAGGCAAAGCUAUAG